AUGACACUGUUAAAAGAGAUGGGUGAGUCCUCUACUCUUCGUCAGCUUUGUCACAACAUUAUUGAGCACACAUCGGCUCAUGGGAUUCCAAACAUCUUUCGUUCACAGCACUGGCUUCGGAAGCUGGUCUGGGUGAUUUUUGUCUCAUUUGCUCUCUGUUGUGCCCUCUGGCAGUGCACAGAGAUGGUACUGACGUACUACACUUACCCAUCCUAUGAGAAGAUUAUGUUGGUGUCUAGUGCCAGGCUAAAGUUCCCCGCUGUCACAAUCUGUAACCUAAACAGUUUUCGUCUUUCUGCCAUCAACAAAAAUUUCCGGAUGUCUUCUUCACUACAGGACUCGGGUCUAGACCAGACGCACCGGCGCAAUCGGUCCCACUCCUGGAACAGUACCUUGGAUCAUUAUGAGGAACACAUACAGUAUGCAGGAGCAUUUAACAAGUUUGCUUCAGAAUUCAACCUGUUGUCAGAUGAAGAAAAGGUAGACAUGGGACAUCAGCUAGAAGACAUGCUAAUACUCUGCAAUUUCCAUGGACAGGAAUGUAAUGAAAGUUUCUUUGCAGGGUUCAUUAAUUACAAAUUUGGCAACUGCUACACAUUCAACUCUCAGAAGGCAACUGAUAUCAGAGGCAAUCCGAUCAGUCCAAUGGUUCUAAACACAACAAAAGCAGGAUUCAUGUAUGGACUCCAUCUGGAACUCUUUAUCCAGCAGAUUGAAUAUGUGAGAGACAUCAGCCAUGCUGCAGGGAUCCGUCUCCUCAUUCAUGACCAAGCUCAGAUGCCUUUUCCAGAAGAUGAAGGUGUUAACAUACCUCCUGGGGCAGAAACAGAUAUUGGAAUAAUGAAGGUGCACAUUAAACGUCUGAAAUCCCCAUAUGGGAGUCACUGUACCGAAGGUGACGGUAUAAGGAAUUUCUACAAAGAUGUCUAUGGAGCAGGAUAUACACGGGAGGCCUGCAAGCGGACAUGUGCACAGCAAAGCAUUAUGGAACACUGUGGUUGCUCCCAUUGGGAAUUUGCAUCCCCUAAGGAUCUUGGCUACCCAAAAUGUAACCUCAGUGUGCCUGGAGUCAGUGACUGUGUACAGCUCUAUGAGUUCAAAUUUGCUCACGAUGAACUGAACUGUAACUGUCCACUGCAGUGUCAGGAAGAAAUCUUUGAGCUCACUGUUUCAGGUUCCCAAUGGCCUUCAACAGCCUUCAUGGGCAAUUUUGCUAAAGAUUUGAAGGAGAUGGGAGGACAGCUGAGUGCUAUAGCAAAUGACCCUGUGAAGAUGAGGGAUAAUUUGGUGAAAGUAGUUGUCUAUUACCAGCAGCUGAACUAUGAACUGAUUGAAGAAGAGCCUUCAAUAACUGAGAUUGAUUUGAUUUCGAACAUGGGUGGCUUGAUUGGCCUCUGGGUUGGAUUUUCUGUGUGCACCAUUGCCGAAUUCUUUGAGCUCUUUGUUGACAUCUUGCUCUACUUUAUCCACAGAUGUUUGAGGGCACCAACAAAGCCAGAGUACAAAAGUCCUUAUAUGGAGAAAGGAGGCUCUAUCUACAUGGCCCCUAAAAGUACUAAAAUAUAAUGCUUUUCUUUGCAGCUGGAGAGUAAAAGUAAAACAGGUCUUACAUUGUUUUCCUUCUUUCCUGUUUGCACAGUUACAUCUUUCUCACAUAAACAUUAAUACUGUACUUAACAGAACAAAUGAGUAAUGGAAGUCCACAGUUUUCCUUAUAUUUGCUGAUAAGAAGAGAUUGCAGUUUUUCAUACUGGGAUAUGGGCAUUCACCACUUAAAUCAGCAGAUUUUAAUACUUGCAGUCUACAAGUCACAGUCACGGUAGCAAAAUAAAGCAGUAUCUUCUGUCCUAUCCAACUCAAAAAUGUUCCUCAAUUCUGAAGUUGGGCUAUGUACAUGUGUGUGGGUGGGGGCUAUUAAACUUUUUCAGCAUUCAACGAAUUUCUCUUUGGCAGUUUCUAAAUCACUCUUUUCCAUGAAAUUAUUUCACAAAUCAAGAAUCCUCAGAUAUUAACCUAAAACUGGAUGGAGGGAGUUAUAAUUAAUUGUUUUGUCACUGUGGUGAAACUAUUAAUAGACAUGGAUUCUACUGACAAUGAAUUAGUAAAUAAAUAUUCAAAAUGACACUAUUUUUGUCAUUGAAUUAGCUAUGAUUGCACAGGUGGCUUGGAUCACAAUACAUAGUCUAUAUAUGAGUUAAUUAUUUUGUAAUCAUUGUCCAUCCAUCCUCAACCCCUUUUCCCAUUUUUGCAUAUGGGAUCAGGGUGUCACUUCAACAGUGACAAUCAUCUAAAGCCAAGAUUUACGAUGCCGGGUGACUAGCCCCGUCUUGGUAUUUCAUCCAUAUCACACACCCACACACAUACUCACAACUAGAGCCAAUUUCAGUGUCCAAUCUAUCUGCUGCAUGUCUUUGGAAUGUAGGAGGAAAAUGAAGCACCCAAAGGAAACCCACGCGAACACAAGAAGGACAUGCAAACACCACACAGAAUGCAUCCCAGCCAAGAACAGAACCAGAGAACCUCUUGUUGUGAGGAGACAACACUAAUCACUACACCACUGCGCCAAAUCACAGUAAUCCUGUUUAAUUAUGGGUAUUUAAAAUUCAAAUAUGAAGUCACAUGGGAGCUAUUCCUUGUUCCAAAAAAAAAAUUCAAGCAGUGUUUCAAAAAUGUGUCUUUUCCAUUCCAGAACUGCCAAAGAUAGGAGAAAGUACAGUUGUGUAAGCAAACUUACAAUAA